AUGGGUAAGAGCAGUAAAGAUAAGAGAGAUAUCUAUUACAGAAAAGCAAAGGAGCAGGGAUGGAGAGCAAGAUCUGCAUUUAAGCUUCUUCAACUAAAUGAAGAAUUUGAUUUAUUCAAAGGUGUCACAAGGGUUGUCGAUUUAUGCGCUGCGCCUGGAUCGUGGUCUCAGGCUUUAAGCAAGGAAAUCUUUGGAAAGCCACAUUCAGAUGAUGCACGAAUCGUUGCAGUCGAUUUACAACCUAUGUCCCCGAUUGAUCACGUGACUACGCUACAGGCAGAUAUCACACAUCCGAAAACUUUAGAGAAGAUUCUGGAGAUUUUUGGAGGAGAGAAGGCAGACUUUGUUUGCUCUGAUGGUGCCCCAGAUGUGACGGGAUUGCAUGACUUGGACGAAUACAUCCAGGCACAGUUAAUAUUGAGUGCACUUCAACUAGCAACUUGUGUUCUUAAAGUUGGAGGAACGUUUGUGGCCAAAGUGUUUAGAGGCAGAGACAUUGAUCUUCUGUAUGGUCAGUUAUCUUACUUGUUUGAUAAGGUGAUUUGCGCCAAGCCUAGAGCUUCCAGAAGUAGUUCUCUGGAAUCGUUUAUAGUAUGCAUUGGAUAUAGGCCUAGACCAGGUUGGAAACCAGAGUUAAGGCCAGAUGUUUCGACCGAAGAGUUUUUCCAAGGAAUGGGAAUAGGGCGCGCGAAAUUAAACGAUGAUUUGAGUGUUGAUGACGAAGAGAGAAAGAUUGCACCUUUUAUAGCGUGUGGAGAUUUAAACGGAAGCUACGAUUCGGAUGCGACGUAUCCGAUAGAUAAGAAGGAUGCUUCUAGUGACAGUAAGAAGAGCUUAGAUCCGGUGCAGAUGCCUACCGCUCCCCCAUACAAAAAAGCAUUAGAGAUGAAAAGGAAGGGGGAGCUUAGAGUGACCAAAUAA